AUGGGGGCGGUGGAGGUGUGGGUAGCGAUGAGACGCAGUGUGACGGGCGCGGGGGAGCCCCUGGGGGUCAUUCUCAAUGCUGCUGCUUCUGUGUGGCUUCCCGUGCCCAUGCCUCUCGCGUUUGAGUUUCUACGGAACGAGCAGACCCGGCGCGAGUGGGACAUCUUAACAAGUGGGUCGGUGGUGUCGGAGAUGGGGCGAAUACCCAUCGGCGUGGACCAUGGCAACUGUGUGUCGCUGCUCAAAGUGCAGCAGGCGGCAGCAGGCCCAGGGGCACAGACCAACAUGCUCAUCCUCCAAGAAACCACCUUCGACCCCUCAGGAGCUCUCAUAGUAUAUGCGCCGGUGGACAUACCAGCAAUGAAGGAGGUCAUCUCAGGUGGCUCCUCCGACUCGGUCGCUCUGCUCCCCUCGGGCUUCUCCCUCCUCCCCGACUGCGCCCUCUCCUCCGACCAACGCGUAGCUCUCUUCCACGCCGCCCCCGUGCAGCCCACCGCGGGCGGCGCCGCCUCGGCAGCAUUUGCCGGGGGGGCGGUGGCAAACGGCGGGUAUGGGGCGGAUGAGGGGUGGCAGCAGGGCGGGGAGGUGGAUAGUCUGGCGGCACAGGCGAUGCGGAGUGCGGCGCGGAAGAGGGCAUUGGGACACGUGCCGGAAGGGUCCAUCCUCACUGUCUCGUUCCAGAUACUCGUCAGCCCUAACCCGCAGGUAUGA